AUGACCAUGGAAGAGGAUCAUCAUCAGUCAAAAACUUGUGUAGUAGUCGGGGGAAGAAGCUUCAUAGGAAAAUAUCUCGUUGUUCGGUUAUUAAAACAGGGUAAUUGGAUCGUUCGUGUUGCAGAUUCGGCAGAGUCUCUUAAACUGGAUCAUUCAGAGUCGCUUCUUACUCGUGCUAUUUCUACUGGCCGUGCUUCUUGUUCUCAUCUUGAUCUUCGUCUUAAAACCUCUAUCCUCAAUGCUAUUGAAGGUUCAGAAGUCGUAUUUUACAUGGAUGAUAUGGAUUCUUGUAAUCAAGAUUUCUAUUCUGGUUAUGCAAUAAUUGUUCAAGGUGCAAAAAAUGUGAUCAAUGCUUGUCGCAGAUGCAAUGUUAAGAGGCUAAUAUAUAACAGUACCACAGAAGUAGUGUUUGAUAAUGCACAUGAUAUAUGCAGUGGAAAUGAGACAAUGUUAUAUUCUUCAAAAUUUAAGGAUUUUUAUAGUGAACUCAAGGCUCAAGCAGAGGCAUACAUUUUGCUAGCUAAUGACAUUGAUGGACUUCUUACUUGUGUUUUGCGCCCUAGUAAUGUUUUUGGUCCCGGAGACAAAGUUCUGCUGCCAAAUCUCAUUGAAGUUGCGAAAUCCGGCUGGGCAAAGUUCAUUAUAGGGAGUGAUCAGACCUUUUCUGACUUUACCUAUGUUGAAAAUGUCGCUCAUGCCCAUAUCUGUGCUGAAACUGCUUUGACCUCCCAUACGCUAUAUGUAUCCGGAAAGGUAUUCUUUAUCACUAACUUUGAGCCGACCAGCUCUUGGAAAUUUGCUUUAUGUAUGCUGGAGGGGUUAGGCUAUUACAGGCCUCUCGUCAAACUUCCAGCUGUGGUUGUGAGUUCAAUUGUCUAUCUCAUAAAAUGGAUGCAUUCAAAUAUGAACUCUGUAGAUAUUAAGAAUGUUCCAGUUCACAAUAUACUCCAAUUAAUGUUGCACACCAGAACUUACAAUUGUUCUGCAGCAGAGCGACAUAUUGAAUACUCACCAAUCGUCUCACUUGAUGAUGGUAUCACACUGACUGUCAAAUCAUUCACUCAUCUAGCAAAGGAGUUGCCUUGUACUGUACCUGAAGACUUAAUUGAACAAUCAAACAUAGAGAAGCUGCUGGGGAGCGGAGAAGUUGCAGAUAUUUUAUUGUGGAGAGAUGAGAAGAGAUCAUUCAUAUCCUUUCUUGGAGUGACUUUUCUAUAUUACUGGUUUUGUUCAUGUGAAAGAAGGUUUAUCUCCUCCACUUGUCAAUUUCUGGUGCUCAUCAUAGUUGUGCUUUUUGGAUAUGCUAAAUUGUUACCUAAAGUCAAUGGAUAUGCUAGAUUCUUACCAUGUUUUGAGGUAUCAGAAAUGUCUGUAAGGAGUUCUGUUAGAACCAUGGCAACUAUAUGGAAUGGAGUUGGUCAUUUUGCUAAAUCAUUGGCUGAAGGUAAUAAUUGGAGUUUGUUUUUCAAGGUUAUAGUCUCAGUCUAUCUAUUCAAAUUGCUCGUCGUGAACCACUUUCCCACAUCAAUGGGAAUCGGGCUGGCCUUUUCGUUUGUUUUCUUCUUUGUUUAUGAGCAACAUGAUGUGGAAAUCGAUGGAUUAGUAGGGGUCGUAUAUGAAAUAACAAGGCAAUGCAUCUUAUAUGUGACCAGUCCUCUACCAAUGCCAUCACCAUCUCCUCUAUGUAUCAACACCACUAAAUCUACAAAACCAAAGGAUCAGAGAUAAAUGCAGUGAUAUGAUUUGUAAGAUUUCUACAUAAUAUUGAAGAGAACA